AUGAUCGCACAUAAAUAUCCCCACACUCGUAACUGGCUAUUCGGCUGCAUUGGCGGUUUCUUCUAUGUACUGCCAGGAUUUAUUGCCUAUUUCGGCAAUUACGAUCCCUUUUUUGUGCCUUCGCCACAAACGCAAAAAGACUCGUUCAUAGAUGAUCGCGAGUUCAGCGAAUUCUAUGCGCCAUUUCAUAUGAAUUUCGCUUGUUAUUUCAGUGGCGUACUUGCCGCCAUUGUCUACGAUGAAAUUUCUAGCAAACAAUUUAAACUGCAUAAAUCCAAAGUGUUUCAAUGCCUUUGUUUAACCAUUCCAUAUGCUUUUGUUAUCCUAUUGAGUGGCGUAUAUUUUGAUAAUCACGGCGGGCCACUUUGGCGACAUAUUGUUGAACGUGAGCAGCUGGCUUGUCGCAAGAAUUGGUGGGCUAAUUUGCUUUAUAUCAAUAACUAUUACAGGAACAAUGAGAAGUGUAUGCUUCAGAGCUGGUAUUUGGCAUCCGAUACUUUCUCAUUUAUGAUUUCUUUGCUCAUAUUAAUGAUCGCACAUAAAUAUCCCCACACUCGUAACUGGCUAUUCGGCUGCAUUGGCGGUUUCUUCUAUGUACUGCCAGGAUUUAUUGCCUAUUUCGGCAAUUACGAUCCCUUUUUUGUGCCUUCGCCACAAACGCAAAAAGACUCGUUCAUAGAUGAUCGCGAGUUCAGCGAAUUCUAUGCGCCAUUUCAUAUGAAUUUCGCUUGUUAUUUCAGUGGCGUACUUGCCGCCAUUGUCUACGAUGAAAUUUCUAGCAAACAAUUUAAACUGCAUAAAUCCAAAGUGUUUCAAUGCCUUUGGUAUGCGCUUAUUCCGGCUGGUAUUCUUUGGCUCUUAUCGGCUCAUCCUAUCUAUCAGCAUUACUAUGAGGAGCAACCACAUUUUUGGAAUAGUGUCUAUGCUGCCAUACAACGCAAUAAUUGGGGUUUAGCCUUGGGCGUAUUCGUGGUGGGCAUGGCUUGCAAAGUUGGAGGUUUAUUCCGCAAAUUUUCUUGUUUGCCUAUUUUCCGUAUUUUAGGUCGUCUGACGUAUGGCGCCUUCGUGAUACACAUUUUUGUAGCGCGCUUUGUAUUGGGCACGUUGAGAACUCCACUUUUCUUUGGCCCUGAGGUUAUGUUCUCCUUUAUACUAUCUACGUUGGUAGUUUCUUAUUUACUUUCACUGCUGUUAGCCAUUCUGGUUGAAUUGCCUACAUCAGCAUUGCUGAAACUUAUGCGUUAGAUUUUUUUUCUAAAUCAAGAUGAUUAUGUCGCUUGCCAAAUUGCCCAGGGAAUAUGAACAUCAUGACCCGUAAUUUCGAUUUAAAAGACUAGCUCAAAAAUAGCUUCAAUACCCAGCGAAUGAGUAUACCAACUUUUUUAGUUGUUAAUUUUAAGAUUUAAAAGCUUUUUAUUUAUAAAAAUACAUAUUUUUAAGUACAUUA